AGCCCGGCCCAGCGGCACCAUGGUGCUCUCCGUGCCCGUGAUCGCGCUGGGCGCCACGCUGGGCACGGCCACCAGCAUCCUCGCGCUCUGCGGGGUCACCUGCCUGUGCCGGCACAUGCACCCCAAGAAGGGGCUGCUGCCGCGCGACCGGGACCCCGACCCCGAGAAGGCGAAGCCUGGCGUGCUCCGACCUGCCCAACAGUUCAAUGUGAAGAAAUCCACAGAACCUGUCCAGCCCCGAAGCCUGCUCAAGUUCCCAGACAUCUACGGACCCAAGCCGACUGUGACCGCCCCGGAGAUCAUCAACUACGCAGACUACACCCUGAGGACCACGGAGGAGGCGCCGGCACCACCCAGCCCCCAGGCUCCCAAUGACAGUCGCCUCAAGAGGCAGGUCACGGAGGAGCUGUUCAUCCUCCCCCAGAAUGGCGUGGUGGAGGAUGUCUGCGUCAUUGAGACCUGGAACCCAGAGAAGGCUGCCAGCUGGAACCAGGCCCCCAAACUCCACUACUGCCUGGACUAUGACCGGCAGAAGGCGGAACUGUUUGUGACUCGUCUGGAAGCUGUGACCAGUGACCAAGACGGAGGCUGUGACUGCUAUGUCCAGGGCAGUGUGGCCAGCAAGAUGGGCUCUGUGGAGGCUCAGACUGCUCUGAAGAAGCGGCAGCUGCGCACCACCUGGGAGGAGGGCCUGGUGCUCCCCUUGGCAGAGGAGGAGCUCCCCACAGCAGCCCUGACACUGACCUUGAGAACUUGCGACCGCUUCUCCCGUCACAGUGUGGCCGGACAGCUCUGCUUGGGCCUGGAUGGGGUGUCUGUGCCUCUGGGGGCUGCCCAGUGGAGCGAGCUGAAGACAUCAGCCAAGGAGCCAUCGGCAGGAGCUGGGGAGGUUCUGCUCUCCAUCAGCUACCUCCCGGCCGCCAGCCGUCUCCUGGUGGUACUGAUCAAGGCCAAGAACCUCCACUCCACUCAGUCGAAAGAGCUGCUGGGCAAAGACAUCUCUGUCAAGGUGACCUUGAAGCACCAGGCUCAGAAGCUGAAGAAGAAGCAGACCAAGCGGGCCAAGCACAAGAUGAACCCCGUGUGGAAUGAGAUGAUCAUGUUCGAGCUGCCGGAUGACCUGCUGCGGGCCUGCAGCGUGGAGCUGGAGGUGCUGGGCCAGGCCGAGGAGGGCCAGAGCCAGCCGCUUGGCCACUGCAGCCUGGGCCUGCACGCGGCGGGCUCUGAGCGAGGCCACUGGGAGGAGAUGCUCAAGAACCCCCGCCGGCAGAUCGCCAUGUGGCACCCGCUGCACCCAUAGGCCUGGGCGCCGAUCCCCGCUGCCCCAACCCCCUGUGCCCCCGUGUCCCCGUGCCCUUCCAUCCUCAUCUGACAGCCAGCCACCCCUGGGCAGAUGUCUGGCAAAGGCCAGGACCCUAAUCUCUCAUCACCCCCUCCCCCCUUUUUUUAAGUAUUCAGGCACCCACCAUGAGCAAGUUUCGGUAUGAAGAUGGGACAUGCAUGGCACAGAGGAGUGAAGGUCUUUGAUUCCCUCUGUGUCGUUGCCAAGUGCACUCAGUACAGGCUCUCCAGAUGGGGGCAGAGAAUACAUCCCUGGGGAAAGAUGGAUGCAAAGGAGAUUGGGGCCUUUACAUUAUGUAUUUCCUGAAAACCAAGAAGUAAAUACAAUGGCCUGGACCAUCUCAUAGAAUUAGAAAUGGCCAGGCUGGGGUGACAUCAUUACCAGUGUUGAACCAAGUACCCCCACUCCAAACAGGCAGCCGGCAGUUCCCAAAGCCUAGCCACUGGCUGUCAAGGCCACGUCCAUUCAUGGCGACCCGUGUGCUCCCUAGAACUGUGCUCCCCAGCAUGCUUGGGGGUUGGGUUUUCAGAAGUAGAUCACCAGACCUCUCUGCCAAGGCACCCCUGGGUGGACUUGAACCUCCAGCUUUUGAUUUGCCUGCUGAGCACACCACCAAGGGUUCCUCCCCAACCUUUGUGUGUGAAGAAUCACCUGAAGGUUCCUGGGCCCACCUGGAGACAUUCCAAACGGGCAUUCCUGGCCAAUGCCCAGGAAUCUGCAUUUCUAGCAAGCACGACUUGGUUCUGAUGCAGAGGUUAGGGUACUUGACGUGGACUACCACACCCCAACAGGCCUUUCCUGAUCGAAUAGUCUAAGGCGUCUAUACUUCCCUUGUGCUGGGGUUCCCUUUGCACACCUGUCUCAUUCUUGCUCAACAUUGAGCUAUGGGGUGAGUUCAUUUCCAUACCUGGAGGUUGACCAAAGGGCAUAUUGUUGGGGUUCUACCAGCAUCCCUCCAACCAGGAAGCCUGGUCUCUUUGUUGAUUCUGUGUUGUUCCACAUUUUCCUUCUCCUCUCCCGGGGACCCUCUUGU